ACAAGUUUAGUGCUCCGACUCUGCAGGCAGACACGGGCUCGAGGAACAGACUGCGCUUGGGAAAACUAGAAACAUCAAGAAGCAAUAUAAACAUUACGCAGAUUUACAUAAGUAAUAAAGUUGUAUUUAAACUUGAAAAACAACAUUUAAAAUACUUCAUAUAAAAGACAAAAGACUUCUUGGGGGAAAUUCGUGAUUUAGACUAAAGGUCACUGUGCUUCAGUGCUUGCCCCCCACGUUUACCCAGCCAUGCUCCCGCACUCCUCGCUCUUCCUACUGCUGUGUGUCGCCCACCUGCCCGCCCCCUCUCCAGCCCUGCCCUUCGAACAGAGGGGCUUCUGGGACUUUGGGCUCGAUGGUGACGGAGGGGGGAUGAUGAUGAUGAGGGAUGAAGAAGAGGGCUCUGCCAUUGAGGAACUGCUCCCUCCCGAACUGCCCAUAUGCCCCUUCGGCUGUCAGUGUGAGCGCCGCGUGGUGCAGUGCUCCGACCUGGGACUGACAGCUGUACCAAAGGGCAUCCCAGCCGACACCAAGCUCUUGGACCUCCAGAACAACAGAAUCACAGAGCUGAAGGAGAACGACUUCAAGGGCCUCACCAACCUCUAUGCCCUGUCUCUGGUGAAUAAUAAGAUCUCCAAGGUGCACCCACGGGCUUUUGUCCCGUUGCGCUACAUGCAGAAGCUGUACUUCUCCCGCAACCUGCUGACGGAGGUGCCCAAAAACCUGCCGCCCUCCCUGGUGGAGCUGCGCAUUCAUGAGAACCGCAUCAAGAAGGUGGCUGAGGGGACCUUCUCUGGUCUGGGCAGCAUGAACUGCAUCGAAAUGGGAGGAAACCCCAUCCAGAAUAGUGGUUUUGAACCAGGAGCUUUUAAAGGACUCAAGCUUAACUACCUGCGCAUCUCUGAGGCCAAACUCACAGGGGUACCCAAAGACCUCCCUGACAGUCUACAUGAGCUUCACCUGGACCACAACCAGAUACAGGCCAUAGAGCUGGAGGAUCUGAAACGAUACAAGCACCUAUACAGGUUGGGUCUGGGCUCCAACCACAUCCGCAUGAUUGAGAAUGGCAGCCUGGCUUUCGUGCCCAACCUGAGAGAGCUGCACCUGGACAACAACCGCCUCAACCGGAUCCCCAGGGGGCUUCCCGACAUGAAAUACCUGCAGGUGGUCUACCUCCACUCCAACAACAUCAGCCAGGUCAGCAUCAACGACUUCUGCCCCCUAGGCUUCGGGAUGAAGAAGACGUUCUACAACGGCAUCAGUCUCUUCGGCAACCCUGUAAACUACUGGGAGGUGCAGCCAGCCACCUUCCGCUGCAUCAGCGACCGACUGGCCAUACAAUUCGGCAACAACAAAAAGUAGAACCCAAGGAAAGAGGAGAAUGCGAGAGGAGUAGGGGAAAGAGCAGGAGAAAUGAAACUGGCCUUAAAAAACAUGUGUAUGUUAAUGAGACACAAACAGAGAGAGAACAGAACAGAAAAGAACAGGUACAAUAGAUGAAGGAAGAGGAGAUAGUGUAAGUCCCACAUACAUAUAUAAAUACAUAUUUUAACCUCUGUUGAUUUAACACAAGGAUACAGCCCAAGGGAUGAAGGAGGAGAGAGAGAAUACCUCAUUUCCUGAUCCCGCAUAAGUUUAAGAACUUUCUUUUUUCGUAUUGCUAUCUUAAAUGACCAAAAAAAGGAAAUUGAAAUAGUAGUCAUUCCCCUCAAAAAGUAAAUUUGUGAUCCUUUAUUAAAGUUUUGUCG